ACACCUUGGUCACAACAAAAAGUGCGCCAAAAACAACAAUUUAUUUGCAAAACAGAACUUGAGAUUUCUUCGUGCUAAUUUUACUAAAUUUCGUUGACCAAGUUGUAAUAAAAUGCCGGAAGAGGUAUCGUCCACAUCCUCCACGACCGGUGCUUCGAAGGAAGCUGAGGGUAAAAAGAAAAACCUUCCAUGGAUUGAGAAAUACCGGCCGCAGCGUUUUGAGGAAAUCGUCGGCAAUGAGGAAACAGUCGCUCGGUUGGGAAUAUUCGCCUCUCAGGGCAAUGCUCCAAACAUCAUAAUUGCGGGUCCUCCGGGAGUGGGUAAGACGACGACCAUUCUAUGUUUGGCCCGAAUCCUUCUCGGUGCUAACUUCCGCGAAGCCGUCCUAGAGCUGAACGCGUCCAACGAGCGUGGUAUUGAUGUGGUUCGCAGCAAGAUCAAAAUGUUCGCCCAACAGAAGGUGACACUGCCCCGUGGGCGUCAUAAGAUCGUGAUUCUGGAUGAAGCGGACAGCAUGACGGAGGGUGCACAGCAGGCACUGCGGCGCACGAUGGAAAUCUACAGCAACACAACACGCUUUGCGUUGGCUUGCAAUACGAGCGAAAAGAUUAUCGAACCGAUACAAUCCCGCUGCGCCAUGCUGCGAUUCUCGAAGCUAUCGGAUGCCCAGGUCCUGGCGAAGGUGGUAGAGGUCUGCCAGCGCGAGAUUCUCAGCUACGAUGAGGACGGGCUGGAGGCGAUCGUUUUUACCGCGCAAGGUGAUAUGCGGCAGGCGCUGAACAAUCUCCAGUCAACGGCCAACGGGUUCGGGCAUAUAAGUGGUGCGAACGUGUUCAAGGUGUGCGACGAACCGCAUCCGCUGCUCGUGCAGGAUAUGCUGCAGCACUGCAUCAAGGGAGACAUCCACAAGGCGUACAAGAUCAUGAACAAGUUGUGGCGACUCGGGUACGCAGCGGAGGACAUUAUUGGGAACGUGUUUCGCGUUUGCCGGCGGAUGGACAUGAACGAGAAGCUAAAGCUGUACUUCAUUCGGGAGAUUGGCGAAACGCACAUGAAGAUAGUAGACGGGUUGAACUCGCUGCUGCAGAUGUCCGGUUUGCUGGCACGCAUGUGUGAAGCUUCUUACGAGCAUUCCUAGAUUAUAAACAAUUUCCUAUCAAAAAUACAAUAAAAGCGGAUUUAAAUCGAUUUGAAACCCUG